AUGGAAGCCGCCGAUUCUAGCGUACUGCUUCUGAUCGCUCACCCUGACGACGAAUCAAUGUUCUUUGUGCCGCUUCUCCACUGCUUGAGCACGAAGGUGACCACUUUUCCAGACUGCGUUCACGUUGUGUGCAUGACAAACGGCGGAACGCACCGCGAAGCUGAGCUGAAGGCGGCCUUGCACUCGAUAUACAAAAUCCAGAACAUCGCGAUCUUCAGCAAUGAGGACUACCCGGACUCGCCGGCGACGCCUUGGGAUUUGCAGAAAGCAUCUAAAGCGGUGCUCGAUUACGUGCAGCAGCACAAGAUUGGCAAAAUCUACACGUUUGACGAGCACGGCGUCAGCGGACACCUGAACCACGUCAGCUGCUGCCGGAUUGCAAACUUGCUGAAAAUUCAGCUUCAACGCGAUCAGAUUGCCGAGUGA